GGGUAACAAGUUAGCCAUUAGGGAGCUAGCUAGCGGUUAGCUGUAGUAGUACCGCUCAGCUUGUUGAAUAAUAUUUUUGUUGUUUCUGCAGUAAUUUCAGAUGUCUUCGGUGUAGCUGACAUAUUGUUGGUAAAAGACUGCAGCGUGAAAAGCUGGAGGUUUCGAGGCCGUGCUUUUGUGGUUGAGUUGACUCUGCAGGGGAAGAUGUGCAAUGGAAUGAUAGAGUCAAUAUCAAAAGCACUUUUGGCCCGCACCUCAGCCACUAAACGGUUUUUCUUGUUGCUGCUGGGACUGACUGUACUGUCCACUGGGCAAGGGUCAGGAUGUGUGAGGCCAUACAUGGUCCAGAACAGCUGGGUAAACCUCACAGAAACCAACAGGGGCUCAUUCCCCGUGGGCACAGUACUGCAGUACAGCUGUGACCCUGGUUACCUGCCAGACGGACCCAGCAUCCUCACCUGCACCACGCUGGGACGCUGGUCCUCUGAACCUCCUCGCUGUAUACGCAGCGGUGCAUGUCUACCCCUCACCAAACCUGAGAAUGGGGGCUACAUCUGCCACCCAUCCCCCUGUCGAAUGUUUGCGCACGGCACUGUGAUCGAGCUGUUCUGUGAUGAAGGCUUUGUUCUCAGUGGAGACUAUAACUACCUGACCUGUCAGGAUGGGCAGUGGGACGGCCCCAUGGAGAUCAAUUGUGUAACCCAAGGUUGUAUAAGACCCUCUGUUGUGCAGCAUGGCUCAACUAAUCUGACAGACACCAACAGGAGCUUGUUUUCUGUGGGCACAGUACUGCAGUACAGCUGUGACCCAGGUUACCUGCCAGCCGGACCCACUAUCCUAACCUGUACUUCGUUAGGAGACUGGUCCUCUGAACCUCCUCGCUGUACACGCAAUGACGUAUGCCAGUCCCCAUAUCAGCCAGAGAAUGGGGGCUACACCUGCCACCCCUCCCCAUGCGGAAGACUUUCUCAUGGCACCAUGAUUGAAUAUUUCUGUGAUGAAGGUUAUGUUCUGAAGGGAGACUAUAAAUACCGUACAUGUCAAUAUGGGAAAUGGGACAACCUAAUGCCAGUCACCUGCCUCAUGGAGCAAGGUAAAGGUUGUAUAAGACCCUCCGUUGUGCAGCAUGGCUCAACUAAUCUGACAGACACCAACAGGAGCUUGUUUUCUGUGGGCACAGUACUGCAGUACAGCUGUGACCCUGGUUACCUGCUAGACGGACCCAGCAUCCUCACCUGCAGUGCACAAAGACAUUGGUCCUCUGAACCUCCUCGCUGCGUACGCAGUGACGUAUGCCAGCCUCCAUAUGAGCCAGAGAAUGGAGGCUACACCUGCCACCCCUCCCCAUGCCAAAGACUUUCUCAUGGCACUGUGAUUGAAUAUUUCUGUGAUGAAGGUUAUAUUCUGAAGGGAGACUAUAAAUACCUUACCUGUCAGUAUGGGGAAUGGGAUAGCCAAAUGAAGCUCAGCUGCCUCAUGGAGCAAGACCGUGAUCCAACUUUACCACUGGGGAUGCCCGCCUUGUCCAUAGUGGCAUCCACAGCCAGCUCAGUGGCCCUCAUCCUGCUCCUUGUGGUGCUGUUUGUACUUCUACAGCCAAAACUCAAGUCCUUCCAUCGACGUGAUCAGGGGGUGUCCGGUCAGCCCGUGUCCAUCAUGGUGGAAGGAGUUCAGGUCACUCUGCCCUCGUACGAGGAGGCCGUGAGCAGUGGUGGAGCCUCAGCCUCAGCUCUCAGCUCCGAGUCUCGUGUCCAAAUAGUGCUGUCUGAGGGUCAGCACGCCACAGCGCCAGAGGCUGGAACCUCUAGGCCUUCUUCCCUCAAACAGCAGCAUUCAGAGAUGGCUGUCGUCCACCCCGUACCUCCAUCCUCAUCCUCCUCAUCACCCUCACCCUCAGCCUCUACCUGGGUUCUGGAGCACGCAGGCGCUACAGCUCCUUCAUCCUCGCAAAGAAGGCCGUCUGCAGGCAGCGACCAACACAGCCUGUCUCUGGACUCUGAGAUGGACUACUCUGAUGAUAUGCCAUUGCUGAAAGAGGCCUGAAACAUGUCACAGCCUUUGGACUUACCCGAGACAACCAGAGUUGCUUCUGACCUGUACUGGUGAGUGGGAUGCCUCUUGAGAGUUUGUCAACACAGCUGUCAACACAGACCAGCCUGGCUAAAGAGGCUCUGAGUGAAGCUGUGAGUCACUCAGAACAGUUCCUCUGACUAUCCCAAAGGAGAACAGAGAAGAGAUUCACAUGUACAUACAUGCUUACAUUUUUUAUAGGAAUUCCUACACUGUGUAUGUAUGUCUAAUGUCUGAAGCUCAGUUUGAAAAUGUAGGACAAAAACAGAAAGGAACAUGCACCGCUGAAGGAAUGUGUCUUUAUAGGUUGUUGAAAAAAAAUGACUGAUGUAUUUCAGAUGAAUGGGCAAAGCUGCAAACUCAUUUGGGAGCGAAUAAUCUCAUCAAUGUCUUGUUUACUGUUACUUUUCUUUAACCACACAUCAUAUCACACCACUUAAGACACACUUUGGAAAAGAUGCAUGAAGGCCAAGUAAUCUAGAUUGUUGUCCAAGUCAUGUUCACUCAUAACAUUGUCUUUUUGUGAUUAUCAUUAUUUAAGGUGUUACUUACAUCAUUCCACUUGUCACUGUACAGUAUAUGGCUGCUUGUCCACCCAAGGGAUCACUCUGCUGCAAUUUUCAUUGGAUUGAGGGCAAACAUUUUAAGUGACUUAUUUUUUCGGGGGCCUGCAUUCAACACAUUACAUCCCUACAGAGAGUUACAUCUCCAAAUGUAUUCUCCUCCUUGUACCAUUUCCCCCAAUGGCCUUAGCUUUCCACUUCUAUGCACAGGUAUCUAUAAUAUGUACAAUAAGGAAUUUUAAAAAUGAAUGUCAGUUAAAUGCCUCCACUGCUUAGUGAUAUUAGGUGUGGCUUUGUCAGACACAUCAUUUGUACACCAGAAAAUAUUAUCUUCUUAAUUUAUUCAGGCUGCUUGGAAAAUCCUGUUUGAAGUCAGGAAACUAAAAUGUGUGUUUUAUUUAUUUGUUGUCCAGAACGCUGUUGAUCAGCCAUGGCUUCUUUUGAUGCUUCCACAGCUCUUGGAAAUGUUAAAAAAAAAAAGAUCUUUUAAUUCUGCCGCUUCAGUUUGAGUUCUACUGCAGGCACGUUAUAUGUGACACUAUAAAAGUGGCUGGGAAGAUUCAACACAAAAAAUGAGUAAGUGUAUAGCUUAGUGUAAUGUCAGUGUUCACUUCGUUUGACUGUCCAUUGAGUUUACUUAUGGACUGGGGAAAGGAUUUUUUUUUCUUUUUGUGAAGAUGGUAUUUUAAUAUAUGUAAAAAGUUUUAAAUUAAGUUUGCUCUGUAUAUACCAUAUGAUCAUUUUAAUUAAAUAUUAUUUGAGAUGUUCAAA